GGAGUGGUGGGAUUGGUGGGUGGGAUGGUAUAUGGUAUGGAAUGGUGGUGGUGUUGAUGUUGUUGAUGUUGAUGUCGAUGUUGAUCUUGUCGCUGUGGCGUAAUUACCGUGGCGUGCUGUGCCGCAUGAUUGCUAUGCUAUGCUGCUAUGUUAUGCUGCCCUGCCCGUCCGCUCACCGUACCACAUUCGUCAUUCUCGCUCCCAUGGAGAAGAUGAAUAAGCUUGGAUUCUUCGUCAUGGAGGCGUGGCGUGGGCGGCGUGGUGUGGCGAGGGAAGCUUAUGUUGACGACGAGAGAGAGUCAAGGAGAGGGGUGGUUUUGGUUGUGGUUAGGAGGUAGAUGUUAAUAUCAGACGGAUCAGGACCUGUCAUGUUAUGGUGGAGAUCUUGGAUGUAGCUUCAGCCAGCCCUAUGUGAUGCCUGUAUCAAAGU